AUGAACGACCUUGUGUGUAAAUUUUCUGGUGCGUAUGAGGCGGCUACAAGAGAAAAGACAAGUGGGAUGAAUGAAAACGAUGUCAUUAAGCUUGCUCACCAAAUUUUUUUCACCAACCAGAAGAAGAAGUUCAAUCUUGAACACGCAUGGAAAGAGUUGAGGUACGAUCAAAAGUGUUGUGAGAAUCUUUCCACAACUAAGGGAGAUGCAUCGGCUAAAAGGAGAAGGACUGAUGAGUGUGCUGCAUCACCGGGGUAUGUUGCAGAGGAGCUGAAGAGUGGUGAAGAUGAUCUCCCUUCCAACCGACCUAUUGGUGUGAAGGCUACUAAAGCCAAAGGGAAAAGAGCAACGGUCGAAGAAAAAGCUGUGGCCCUUUUUGACAGUCUCAUUGAGAAAAAAGAAGCUCUUACUGAGGUUGAAGAGGCAGUUAAGAUGAAGAUCAUGAACGACUUGUUGUCUUCUUAA